GCGUCGCUGGCCAGACCCGCUUUGCGCACGGGCCGCGCGAGGGGUGGGAAAGGCUGGCCCUGGGGCUGCACGCUGGGCCCAGGAGGGGUCCGCCCCUGCACCCGUCCAAGUUGAGCCCCCGCGGACCGCUAACCGCGCCUCGCCCUGGGGACGCCGCGCCCCGUGCGCCGAGAGACCUGGGGACGCCCGUCUGGGGCGGGGGCCACGCUGCGGGGCCGCCCACGCCGCGCUCCAGGAUCUGGAGACAUCAGGAUGGAUGUUGGGACAUGCUAAUCUCCCCUCCAGAUAGCCUGCCGGCAUCCUGGUCAUGGAGGACUGCAACGUGCACUCAGCUGCCAGCAUCCUGGCCUCAGUGAAGGAGCAGGAGGCCCGCUUUGAGAGACUGACGCGAGCUCUGGAGCAGGAGAGGCGCCAUGUUGCCUUGCAGCUGGAGCGUGCCCAGCAGCCUGGUGUGGGCAGUGGUGGUGUGGGCAGUGGGCAGCCCCUGCCGAUGGCUUGGCAACAGCUGGUCCUGCAGGAACAGAGUCCGGGCAGCCAGGCCUCGCUGGCCACAAUGCCAGAGGCGCCCGAGGUGCUGGAGGAGACUGUGACGGUAGAGGAGGACCCUGGUACACCUACUUCUCACGUGUCCAUUGUCACAUCAGAAGAUGGUACUACCCGGCGCACUGAGACCAAGGUCACCAAGACGGUCAAGACGGUGACCACGAGAACAGUGCGCCAAGUGCCUGUAGGCCCAGAUGGCCUCCCCCUGCUGGACGGCGGCCCCCCGCUAGGCCCCUUCGCAGAUGGCCCCCUGGACCGGCACUUCCUGCUACGUGGGGGUGGCCCAGCAGCCACGCUUUCCCGUGCCUACCUCAGCAGUGGGGGCAGCUUUACCGACGGCACUGAGCCCCGUGAUGUCCCCAGCUACGGCAGUCUAUCCCGUGGGCUGGGUGUGCGGCCCCCACGUGGCCCCCUUGGCCCAGGCCCUGUGGAUGGUUGCUUCACACUGCCUGGCCGACGUGAGGCCUUCCCUGCAGGCCCUGAGCCUGUGCCGCCAGCCGGCCGCUCCCAGCCCGAGCGCUUUCAGGCGGAACCAUAUGGUUUGGAGGAUGACACACGCAGCCUGGCUGCCGAUGACGAGGGUGGCCCGGAGCUGGAGCCUGACUAUGGCACUGCCACUAGGAGGAGGCCUGAGUGUGGGCGUGGCUUUCGCACCAGGGCCUAUGAGGAUGUGGCAGAUGAUGGCGGUGAGCUGAUGGAGGAGCGGCCCCCGUUUCCAGCUGCGACAGCACCCCUGGCCCAGCCAGAACGGGGCAGCCUGGGUAGCCUGGACCGGGUGGUACGGCGGUCGCCCUCAGUGGACAGCGCCCGUAAGGAGCCACGUUGGCGGGACCCUGAGCUGCCAGAGGUACUGGCCAUGCUGCGGCACCCCGUGGAUCCCGUGAAAGCCAACGCGGCUGCCUACCUGCAACACCUGUGCUUUGAGAAUGAGGGCAUCAAGCGACGUGUGCGGCAGCUGCGGGGCCUGCCUCUGCUCGUCGCUCUGCUGGACCACCCAAGGGCAGAGGUGCGGCGGCGGGCCUGUGGGGCACUGCGAAACCUUUCCUAUGGCCGAGAUACAGACAACAAGGCUGCCAUCCGCGACUGUGGCGGUGUGCCUGCCCUGGUACGCCUACUGCGGGCUGCCCGGGACAAUGAGGUUCGAGAGCUCGUCACAGGUACACUCUGGAACCUGUCAUCCUAUGAGCCCCUGAAGAUGGUCAUCAUUGAUCACGGCCUGCAGACACUAACCCAUGAGGUCAUUGUGCCCCACUCGGGCUGGGAACGUGAGCCCAACGAGGAUUCCAAGCCAAGGGAUGCCGAGUGGACAACAGUCUUCAAGAACACAUCAGGCUGCUUGAGGAACGUGAGUUCGGAUGGUGCAGAGGCCCGGCGCCGCCUCCGGGAAUGUGAAGGGCUGGUAGACGCCCUGCUGCACGCCUUGCAGUCAGCUGUGGGCAGGAAGGACACGGACAACAAGUCGGUGGAGAACUGUGUGUGUAUCAUGCGGAACCUGUCCUACCAUGUGCACAAGGAGGUGCCUGGGGCCGACAGGUACCAGGAGGCUGAGCCUGGGCCCCCAGGCGGUACUGCAGGCUCCCAGCGCCGGAAGCGGGAUGACGCUGGCUGUUUCGGUGGCAAGAAGGCCAAAGAGGAGUGGUUCCAUCAAGGGAAGAAGGAUGGUGAGAUGGACCGGAACUUUGACACGCUAGACCUACCCAAGCGAACUGAGGCUGCCAAAGGCUUUGAGCUGCUGUAUCAGCCCGAGGUGGUACGUCUCUACCUCUCCCUCCUCACGGAGAGCCGGAACUUUAACACCCUGGAGGCUGCCGCUGGCGCCCUGCAGAACCUCAGCGCUGGCAACUGGAUGUGGGCCACAUACAUCCGCGCCACGGUGCGCAAGGAGCGUGGACUUCCGGUGCUCGUGGAGCUGCUGCAGUCCGAGACUGACAAGGUGGUGCGCGCUGUUGCCAUUGCCCUGCGCAACCUCUCGCUGGACCGGCGCAACAAGGACCUCAUUGGGAGCUAUGCCAUGGCGGAGCUGGUGCGGAACGUGCGCAAUGCACAGGCUCCGGCGCGACCUAGUGCCCGCCUGGAGGAGGACACGGUGGUGGCUGUGCUCAACACCAUCCACGAGAUCGUGUCCGACAGCCUGGACAACGCACGCUCACUACUACAGGCCCGAGGCAUUCCAGCGCUGGUGGCACUUGGCGCUACCAGCCAAUCAGUACGUGAGGCGAAGGCCGCAUCCCACGUGCUACAGACUGUAUGGAGCUACAAGGAGCUGCGUGGUGCCCUACAGAAAGAUGGCUGGACCAAGGCGCGCUUCCAGUCAGCCACUGCUACUGCCAAGGGACCCAAAGGAGCACCAAGUCCUGGAGGCUUUGACGACAGCACACUGCCACUGGUGGACAGGAGCCUUGAUGGUGAGAAACCGGGCAGCCGGGACGUGAUCCCCAUGGAGGCACUUGGCCCAGAUGGAUACUCUACUGUGGACCGGAGGGAGCGGAGGGCUCGAGGCAGUGACCCUGUGGGGGAGGCCUCCGAGAAGGAACCGUUGAAACCCGACCCCGGCAGGAAGGCUCCGCCUGGGCCCAGCAGGCCUGCGGUCAGGCUGGUGGACGCCGUGGGGGACGCUAAGCCUCAGCCCGUUGACUCCUGGGUCUAGCUUGCAUGCCUGGGCUCGGGCCCAGCCAUUUGUUCUUAGGGAUCUGAUCUUGGGAAGAAGGGAACUCCAGGGCCGGCCCUCACAGACCCUGCUGUGGAGCUUGGAGCCCCCUGGCGCCAGGGGUUGGCAGCGCCUCUCGCCUGGGAGCCAGGGCCGGACAUUCUGGACACACCUCCCUUCCUGCCCCACCUCCUAACUCCUUAGGCUGAGUUAGCUGUUUACUGACAUGGUGCUGUGUGUGAGUGAGAGAGAGAAGGCCAGUGGAGCUGCCAGGGUGGGGCCCAGGGAGGUGGCAGGACAAGGCACCGGGCUUUGUUUUGGGGCUGGUGAUGUAAAAGAGUGUGCUCUUGUAUGUGCAAGGCCCCAGAGGAGUCUAGCAGGGAGGGGGGCUCAGGGAAGGAGUUUAACUCUGGAAGAUGGAGGGGAUCCACUGGGCUCUGAGUCUCACCCUGCAUGGCAGACAGAACACGGGCAGGGGCUGGCCAUGCAGAGAGGCUCUGGAGGCAGUGAGGUGGGUGUCAGGCUGUGCUUGCCCCCACCCUGCCCUCGGAUACAUGGAGCCCAGUGUGGCAGGAGCUUUCUCUGAGCGACUCUGGCCCAGGCCAUGGCUGCCAAUCCUGUCUGCCGGAACCCUGAGUCACACCUCUGGGACUGACCUUCGGCAGCGGCGGGGGACUGCUGCCUAGUGCCUGCUGUUUGUGACUUAAAAACAGAAGAAGAACACUGACAAAAAGCAUUAAAAACAAAACCAAAAUAAGACUGUAUUGGUAAACACCUAAAUUUUUGUAAGAAAAUUUAAAAAUUAAAAAAAGCAACAAAGGAACUUUC